CUACGGUACGUGGCGAAGCACCAUACAUCCAAGUACGCUUUCGAUCCACACCUUUGACUAUUUACGUAGUCCGUAUUGUUGACCCAUCGACUGGGGAGAGAAGACAAAGACCGGUGGAUUGAGCAUUGUCCCUCAAUGUGCAUGCAAACGUGCUAGCAAAAGUUUAGGCAAAUUUGCUCUGAUUAUAUUAUAAUAAUUGAAACAUUUCUACUUAUAAACUAAAGUGAAUUGUAUAAUCCUACCUAAUAUUAGUGGUAAAACGAACCGUUCUAGUUAAAAAGUGAAUUAAAAUCUAUUAAAAUAGUACGGUUGAUAUAAAAAACGUAGAUCUUAACUGAUACUUUGCUGCUAUCCUAGUAUCAAAGGGAACAUGCAAAUAUCUAAGAAGCACGACAGCAGCAUUCCCACAAACGAGCAGUGAGCUAAAUAUAGAGGAUAGCUGACACGAAUGAGACAUUAAACGUAAGUCCUCGAAUUACAUGCAAAUGUUAUUAUGAACAACUAUAUAUUUAACGAUACAAAUUUACGUAAAACUAUUUCACCAACGAAUCCUUAACUAUGUACAAUGUUAAACAUAUAAAUUUCCCUCUAUGCUCUUGUUUGAUUCAUAGAGAUUUUUUAACUUCGUUAUCGUUGCUGAAUAAAUACGUCGUUCAAAAAAACUGGAAAAUCGUCUCUCUCUUGUUGCGAUUGCAACAAAUUAAAAAAUCUGUUUAGUUUGCGAUCGGGGAGGCUACAAAAUGUCGAGAAGUACUCGAAAUAACCGUGCAAAUGUGCAAAAACCGGGUGUGAGUUGUGGUGAGUGCGAAGAACCGGGCGAUUCCCGGAUGGUGUGCUGCGACGAUUGUGGUGAACAGUUCCAUUUUAAGUGCGUGGGCGUUGAAGAAGGGAUUGAAGAGGUGGACUGGAGUUGCAAAGCAUGCGAAGCAAAGCGGGCGGCUCAGGUCAACCCUGCCAUUCUGACAGAUCCAGCAUUAGGAGGAGCGGGCAAAUCGUCGAGCGACAAUCAGCACCAACAGAACCAGCUACUCGUGGAUGUGCAGAAGAAAAUGCAGAUGAUGCAGCGAAGUUUCGAGGAGCAGCAGCUAGCGUAUGAAAAGAUGCUUGAGGAGAAGGACCGCGAGAUGAAGAAUGCACUGGAAGAUCUGCAACAUCAAUACCAGCGACGACUAGAGAGGAAGGAGCAAGAAAUUCGUGAUGAGCUGACAGCUCCACCAGCUGUUGUGCUACCUAGCGCAAAUUCGACCUCAAUCGGUGCCGAUCGAGGUGCCGAUAUCAGAACAGCGACGGACGUGUGCAGCGUGAUCGAGCGGGUGGAGAAGCAGCUGCAAGCGAUGGCGAAGAAGCAGGAACAAGAGACGAAACGCUUAGAAGAACGAUUAAGGGCGAUGGAAAUCGGCAACAACGAUCCGGGGCGAAGGAGUAGCAGUGCCUUGAACAUCGAUGCAGAUCCAUUCGAACCGAGUCAUCAUUCUGGCCUUACGUCAGUAACGCUUUCUCACGAGCUCAGCAGAAGCCAGCUCGCAGCCCGGCAUGCGGUAGCCAAAGAGCUACCCAUCUUCUGUGGCAGUCCCGAGGAGUGGCCUCUAUUUAUCGCCACGUAUGAAAGCACUUCCAAGAUGUGCGGUUUCAGUGACGAAGAGAAUCUUCUCCGUCUUCAGCGAAGCUUGAAAGGGAAGGCUCUGGAAGCGGUCAGGAGUCGGUUGCUGUACCCAGCCGGCCUGCAAGGAGUUAUAAGUACGCUGCGUAUGCUGUUUGGCCGUCCAGAAGUGAUCGUACAUUCCUUAGUGUGCAAGAUUCGGGAGAUGCCAGCGCCAAGGACAGAGAAACUUGGAACUCGGAUCGAUUUCGGUGUUGCAGUCCAGAACAUGUGCGCAACGAUCGUAGCUUGCGGUUUGAAUGAACACUUGUGUAACGUGGCCCUCCUUCAAGAGCUGGUUGAGAAGCUGCCGCCCACUGUUAAACUCGACUGGGCGAAGUAUCGGCAACCGCUACAAUCGAUCACUUUAUCGGAUUUCAGUACUUGGUUAGGUACGCUAGUGGAAGCAGCAUGCGUCGUUACUGUUCCGCCGACAAUCAGUACAUAUGCCGGGAAACCUGAUAAGCGUCGAAAGGAAGAAGUUCACGUUCAUCUCGAAACAGGAACUAGCCAGGCAUCCAACUCCACGGUAUCUCUGAAGAUUCCACCAAAGCACCUCAGCAAACAGUGUGUCAUCUGCCAAGGAACGUGCAGCAGUGUAGUAUCGUGCAAGAAGUUUAAGGACCUGAGUAUCGGAGCACGUUGGGAGGCAUUGAAGCAGAACAGACUUUGUCGAAAGUGUUUGAUGAAGCAUUUUGGAGCUUGUUCGGUGAAAGAAGCUUGCGGAAGAAACGGUUGUGCCUACAUGCAUCAUGAAAUGCUGCAUGACGAUGCCAGAUAUCAACGAAAGCAGAUAACACAGCCAUCGACCUCUUCAGCUGGGACCGAAACGCCAACCGAAAGCUGUAACACUCACAUGUGCACAACAAACACGGUUCUGUUCCGAUAUGUUCCAGUACUUCUGUAUGGAAAAGGAAAGACUGUGCUCACAUUCGCCUUCCUGGACGACGGUUCCUCGGUGACGUUGAUGGAACAUGGUUUGCUGACCGAGCUAGGUCUUGAAGGCGAAUCGUAUCCCUUGUGUCUUGGUUGGACAGCAGAUCAUCAGCGCCAAGAAACAAACUCCGUCAAGCUGGCGAUACAGAUUUCCGGAAUACACGAUGCUUCCACAUACUGGAUUCCAAAGGUGCACACCGUGGAAAGCCUUGCUCUUCCCAGCCAAACACUUGCAAUGGAUGAACUAAUGCAGCGUUAUCAACACUUGGAAGGAUUAAUUGUCGAAUCUUACCGUAAUAUUCAGCCACGGUUAUUGAUUGGAAUGGACAACUGCCGCCUGGGUCACGCGUUAGACAGCCGCGAGGGAGAAAUCAACGAACCGAUUGCCACCAACACACGAUUGGGCUGGAUAGUGUUCGGACCCUGCGCUACUACAUUGCAGUCAGCCACGGAUGUCACAGCGCAUCACAGUUUCCAUCCUCGGUGUAAGGAGUUGGAAUCCUGUACCCAUGUCAGAGGAAAGCGAUACGAAACAGGAUUGCUGUGGCGGUACGAUGAUGUCCGGUUACCGGACAGCAGGCCGAUGGCCAUACGGCGGUUAAUAUGUUUGGAAAAGCGAAUGCAGCGUGAUCAGAAUCUGGCCGAGGCAUUGAAGCAAAAGAUCCGAGACUACGAAUGCAGCGGGUAUAUAGAGAAGCUCACAGACAGUCAACUGUCGAACGAAUUCCCUCGCAUCUGGUAUCUUCCCAUAUUUCCUGUGGUUAAUCCCAAUAAACCCGGAAAACUUCGCUUAGUAUGGGACGCGGCAGCUAAAGUAGCGGGAAUUUCGCUGAAUUCAUUCCUCCUCACCGGGCCGGAUCAACUAACUUCCCUUCCGUCGGUUCUACAUCGUUUCCGAGAGUUCCGGAUCGCCGUUACAGGCGAUAUACGGGAAAUGUUUCACCAGGUGCUGGUGAACGAAAGUGAUCAGCAGUGUCAACGGUUUCUGUGGCGUGACGGCGAGCAAAACCGAAAUCCUGAUGUGUACGUGAUGAAAGUCAUGACAUUCGGGGCUACAUGUUCCCCAAGUUGCGCGCAAUAUGUAAAGAACAAUAAUGCGCAACGGUUUCAAGAACAGUAUCCAAGAGCGGCUGAAGCGAUAGUAAAAGAGCAUUACGUUGACGAUAUGCUAUCCAGCGAAGAGACGGAAGAAGAUGCGGUGAAGCUGGCAAAAGAAGUUCGAGAGCUAGAAGCGACACCUGGCGAGAAAAGUUUGAACUUGUCUAGCGAAAUGGGAACGGAAAAAGUACUCGGCAUGUGGUGGUGUACCUCCACAGAUACAUUUACCUUCAAAGUAUCUCCACGAAUCAGCGCGGAUUUGCUCCAGGGACGUAUCAUACCAACGAAACGGCAAAUAUUGAGCACUCUGAUGAUGAUUUUCGACCCGCUGGGGCUGUUGGCGAACUUCCUGAUGUUCCUGAAAAUUCUCCUUCAGGAGAUUUGGAGAAGCGGCGUGAACUGGGACGAACAGAUCAAACCCGAACAAUGCGAGAAAUGGAACACCUGGUUACGAGUCCUUCCGCAGGUUGAAGAGGUCAGCGUAUCCAGAUGUUAUCGAGUGCAGACCGGCGUUGGAGAGAAUAACGUGAUCCAGCUUCACGUGUUCGUGGAUGCGUCGGAAAAAGGGUUUGCUGCGGUCGCUUUUCUGCGAUUCGAAGAGGAUGGCAUUGUGGAAUGUGCCCUAAUCGGCGCUAAGACACGGGUAGCUCCAUUGCGGUUCGUGUCUAUCCCGCGGCUAGAACUUCAGGCAGCAGUAAUCGGAGCUCGUUUGGCGAAUGACGUGAUGGAGACCCAUAAGCUCAAACCUUCGCAAAGAUUCUUCUGGUCGGAUUCACGGGAUGUCCUUUGCUGGUUGAACUCCGACCACCGAAGAUACAGCCAGUUUGUUGCUGUGCGACAGAUGAUGCCACGAAGUGGCAAAAACUUCCAGAUUUAA